GGUUGACAUCGGGGUGACCUUGGCCAGCGUUUCCAUGAGAGCGGCCGCUCCGAGACUUGGAGUUAAUCUCCCAGCCACGGCGCCACUUUCCUCGGGAGAAAUAAUUGACCCAUUUCUGGUCUCCUUUCAGCUUUCUGCCGAUCCUUGUGCCAGCAACCCCUGUCACCAUGGCAACUGCAGCAGCGGUGGCAGCGGCUACAUCUGCGUCUGCAGUGAGGGCUACGAAGGUCCCAACUGUGAGCGGCCCCUCCCCGGACUCCCAGAGUCGGGAUGGACCGAGUUCGUGGCCCCCAGGGAGCUUCCACCUGUCCCCGCCACCCAGGAGCCCGACGUGACUCUGCCCCGCUCCCAGGCAACUGCCACCCUGCCAACCUGGCAGCCGAAAACAGGGCAGAAGGUCAUAGAAAUGAAAUGGGACCAAGUGGAGGUGAUCCCAGAUGUGGCCUGUGGGAAUGCCAGCUCUAACAGCUCUGCGGGUGGCCGCCUGGUGUCCUUUGCGGUGCCACAGAACACCUCAGUAAAGAUUCUGCAAGAUGCCACUGCGUCGCUGAUUCUGCUGUGGAAGGUCACGGCCACGGGAUUUCAACAGUGUUCUCUCAUAGACGGGCGAAGUGUGACCCCCCUGCAGGCUCCGGGGGGCCUGGUCCUCUUGGAGGAGAUGCUGUCUCUGGGACAAAACCACUUCAUCGGUUUUGUGAAUGACUCUGUCACUAAAUCUAUCGUGGCUUUGCGUUUAACUCUGGUGGUGAAGGCCAGCACCUGUGUUCCAGGGGAUGGCCGUACAAAUGACUUGGAGUGCUCAGGAAAGGGAAAAUGUACCACGAAGCCAUCAGAGGCAACUUUCUCCUGCACCUGUGAGGACCAGUACAUGGGUACUUUCUGUGAAGAAUUUGAUGCCUGCCACAGGAAACCCUGCAAGAAUGAAGCUAGCUGUAUCGAUGCAAAUGAAAAGCAGGAGGGGAACAAUUUCACUUGCCUUUGCCUUCCUGGUUACACCGGAGAACUUUGCCAGUCCAAGAUUGACUACUGUGUCCUGGACCCGUGCCGAAAUGGAGCCACCUGCAUUUCUAGUCUCAGUGGAUUCACCUGCCAGUGUCCAGAAGGAUACUUUGGAUCUGCUUGCGAGGAGAAGGUGGACCCCUGUGCCUCGUCACCGUGCCAGAACAAUGGCACCUGCUACGUGGAUGGAGUGCAUUUCACCUGCAGCUGCAGCCCGGGCUUCACGGGGCCCACCUGUGCCGACCUCGUGGACUUCUGUGCUCUCAGCCCGUGUGCUCAUGGCACUUGCCGCAGCGUGGGCACCAGCUACAAAUGCCUCUGUGACCCAGGUUACCAUGGCCUGUACUGUGAGGAGGAGUACAAUGAGUGUCUCUCCACCCCCUGCCUCAAUGCGGCCACCUGCAGGGACCUGGUUAAUGGCUAUGAGUGCGUGUGCCUGGCAGACUACAAAGGAAUCCACUGUGAACUGUACAAGGAUCCCUGUGCCAACGUCAGCUGCCUGAACGGAGGCGCCUGCGACAGCGAAAGCCUGAACGGCACGUGCGUCUGCGCACCAGGCUUCACAGGUGAAGAAUGUGACAUCGACAUAAAUGAGUGUGACAGUAGCCCUUGCCAUCAUGCUGGAACCUGCUUGGACCAGCCCAAUGGUUACGCCUGUCGCUGCCCUCAUGGCUGGGUGGGCGCAAAUUGUGAAAUCCACCUGCAGUGGAAGUCGGGCCACAUGGCCGAGAGCCUCACCAACAUGCCGCGCCACUCCCUCUACAUCAUCAUCGGGGCCCUCUGCGUGGCCUUCGUCCUCAUGCUCAUCAUCCUGAUCGUGGGCAUCUGCCGCAUCAGCCGCAUCGAGUACCAGGGCUCCUCACGGCCCGCCUACGAGGAGUUCUACAACUGCCGCAGCAUCGACGGCGAGUUCAGCAGCGCCCUCGCGUCCCUCCGGCAUGCCAGGUUUGGAAAGAAAUCCCGGCCCGCGAUGUACGACGCGACCCCCAUUGCUUAUGAGGGUUACAGUCCUGAUGACAAACCCUUGGUCACACUGAUUAAAACAAAGGAUUUGUAAUCUUUUUUUUUUUUUUGAAUUAUUUUUCAAAAAGAUGGGGAUACUACACUCAUUUAAAUAUUUUUAAGAAAAUUAAAAAGCUUAAGAAAUCUAAAACAUUAGCUGCCCAAGAGUUUUCGGUAGGAUAUGGAAGAACUAAUUUUCUGCAGCUUUUAGUUUGGAAAACAGUAUUUUAAAAAUGGGAUUUGUGAAAUCCCUAGACUACGUUUUAACGUACUUUCAGCUCUCUAAACUGUAUGCUUCAAGUAGUGUGUGCCCUUCCCACAGUAGGACCCUGCCAUGAAACCCACAGGUGUUCCUGGGGUUGUUACAGAGGAAGUCUAGCCGCGGAGCAGUUUCUUUUUGACAUGUGAGUGCCAGCUUUCUGCGUAGAGUAGGAAAAACGUGUAAGGUAGUGUAUGAUGUAUAAUACAGUGUACCCGUUACUUAAAAAGAAGCCUGAAAUGUUCGUUUUGUGGAAAAGAAACUAGUUCAAUUUAUUAUUCCCAACCCGAAUGACAUUAGCCUCUGCCUUAUCCUGUGCAUGGGUAAGUGACUUAUUUCCGCACUGUUCCAUUGAGCUUUGCAGAAAGGUUCUUUUGAGUUUGUUGUUGUCAUUUUUGUAACAGCUGCCAAACUUGGUCUUGAAGACGUACGCGACAGAAGGGCCUAGGGAGGCGAACUAUGAUUGAUUUCGAUCUCUAUUUUUCUUUUCGCAGUCAAGGUUUUUCUAUUGUGAGUAAAUUAAAUUUUCGUUUGAGCUGUUCAUUGCUAAGAGGUAGUAAAUGUAAGAGAGUACCAGUUCCUUCAGUAGUGAGUGUUUCUCCAUAGUGCAUCUUUAUUUAUAUUCAAGACAUUUUUUGUGGCUGUAUUUGAUGGAUAUGUGCUUCUUCUGAUUCUUGCAAAUUUCAAAGAAUAUUGAAUAAAUGUUAGCAAGUCA